UUUGUAUGAGUUAUUAGAGCUAGUUCAGACAUGGCGGAAUCCGUGCGGAUGCAAAUCGCGCGGUUAGACCGCGCGGAUCUUAUUUACAUUAGCGCCUAUAAAUUCGUUCAUACCUGUCCGCGCGGAUUGACAAACCGCGCGGCUACCGCCACUCAACCGCUAGAAAAUGAAUUCGCGCGGUUGCCGCUCGGAUCUAUUUACUUGACGUACCUAGAGCGCGUUCAGUUGCUCUGCGGAAGCCGCGCGUAUCGGACGGUGACAAUGGAUCGCUUCGACACCGAGCUAUUCAUCGAUGAGGUGGAAAAGAGACCUGCUUUGUGGGACAUCCAAUGUGCAGAAUAUUCCAAUAAAAUUAUUAGAAACGGAGCUUGGCAGGAGCUGGUGGAUAUUUUUGGAGAAAAUGAGGAUUCUUUGGAAAAAAAGGUUCUUUUUGGUGUAACUUUACAAAAAAAGUGGAAGAAUAUACGGGAUGCUUAUAAUAAGGAAUUCAAGAAAGGCAAAUCAAUUCCUUCUGGUUCUGGUGCAUGUAAAGGUUCAAAAUACAUGUAUUUUGACCGGCUUUCUUUUCUUCAGAAGACAGUAGAAAACAAAGAAACGACAUCAAACAUACAUGAAGCCAAAAAUGAAGGAAUUCAAAACAUUGACCAAAACCAAGAUAAUUUUGUUAAUGCACGUGAAAUACAACCAGUACCCAAUAAAAGGAAGAAGACUAAAAUUACUUCAGAAGAGCGAUUGGCUGACAUAUUAGAAAAUAGCAUUGAAUCAAGGGAUAAAAUACAGAGACAAUUACAAGAAAGUAUGUCAAAGCAAGAUGAUGAUGAUAAGCUUUUUUGUAUGUCAUUGUAUAAAGAGUUAAAAAAAAUUCCAGAAAAUAAGCGUUUGGCUACUAAAAUUGAAUUACUCCAGGUAAUACAGAAAGGGCAGAAAUUACCAGCGCCUAUUCAUAUCACGAGCCAGCAGAACACGCCUAAUGAAGUAUUUUGGCAAAACCAACAAUAUUCAAACCCACAAGGAUAUUUUACAGGAUAUUCUACAAUCGUACCAGGAGAGUCUCCAUCGCCUUUAUCAUGCAAUAGCACUGACGACUCACAGUCUUCUAUAGUACAAAACAUAUAUUCUGAUGUAUAAAAUAAAUAUCUUACCUUAAUGUAA